GUCAGCUCGGUUGCAUUUUCGCAAGAUGGGAAAAGUUUUGUGACCGUUGGAAAUAGACAUGUCAGAUUCUGGUACUUGGAAGACAGACGGUCAAAGAUCAACCAGACUGUGCCACUGCAGGGCCGUUCUGGUAUUCUUGGCGACCAGAAGGACAACUUUUUCUGCGAUGUUGCGCCUGGAGUAGGACCAAUGAGUGGCCGCUUCUUCGUCAUCACCCAGUCUGGCUUGCUUUGUGAGUUCAAUGAGAAGCGACAACUGGACAAGUGGGUGGAGCUCAGGACCAAGUCUGCCAACUGCAUCACGGCCGGGAUGGAGCACAUCUUUGUGGGCUGUGCGGAGGGCGUGGCCAGGGUGUUCAGCGCCACCUCCUUGCACUACAUCUGCUCUCUGCCCAAGCCGCACCACCUGGGAGUGGAGGUCACCACGGCAACCAGCCCCAGUGCUAUGGUGAACAACAGUGAGGGGGCCAGGUACCCAGACGUGAUGGCUAUUGCCAUGGACGAUGACCAUAAGAAGGUGACUUGUGUGUACAAUGACCGCAGUGUGUACAUCUGGGACGUUCACGACUUGAAGAGAGUGGGCAAGGCCUGGUCUUUUCUCUACCAUAGUGGAUGCAUCUGGGCUCUGGAGGUGUAUCCUCAGAUAGAGGAUGGUUCCAAGGCCAUGCUGCCCCCGGGCUCCUUCCUGACAGCCUCGGGGGACGACACCAUCCGGGUGUGGAACCUCAACCCUCACAUGCCAGAGGACACAGCCUACAAGAGGAACAUCUACAGUAAUGAGCUGCUGAAGAUUGUGUACUCUGAUCCUUCUUUGAAUUCCUUGUGCAACGUGGACUAUAACCCAGCUGGUGCUACAGACAAAACAGACACUUCGUACGAUGGCAAAAAUGGUGUACGCUCGAUCAGGGUCAGUCCAAAUGGAGCAGACUUGGCCUCGGGGGACAGACAGGGAAACAUCAGGAUUUAUGACAUGCAGUACCUGGAGGAGAAGAGAUCUAUAGAAGCCCACGAGUCAGAUGUCAUGUGUCUCGAGUACUCGUACACUAAUUCAGGUCACCUGUUAGCAACUGCGAGUCGAGACCGCCUGAUUCACGUGUUUGACGUGGAGCAAAACUAUGGCCUGCUGCAGACUCUGGGCGACCACUCCUCCUCCAUCACGGCCGUUCGGUUCACGGACACGGACAACAAGCUCAGGAUGAUCAGCUGUGGCGCAGACAAGUCUAUCCUGUUGAGGAAUGCGGUGACUUCCCCAGACUUUCAGUUCCAGCUGGAACAACAUCUUGCCACCAAGAUCACCCUGUACGACAUGGUUAUUGACCCCACCCAGAAAUGCCUGGCCACUGCUUGCCAGGACAGAAAUGUCAGAUUGUACAACAUUCAGACUACCAAGGAGAAGAAAUGUUACAGAGGGUCUGUUGGGGAUGAGGGCAUCUUGCUGCGCAUUCACCUGGACCCAUCGGGAACCUAUGCUGUGACGACAUGUACCGACAAGAAUGUUUGCAUUCUGGACUUCCACACGGGGGAGGUGGUGGCCACAAUGUAUGGCCACUCGGAAGUCAUCACUGGGGUGAAGUUUGCCAACGACUUGAAGCAUGUCAUCACCGUUUCUGCAGAUGGGUGCAUCUUUGUGUGGCGUCUUCCAUCUGAAAUGUCUGCUCAGAUCAAAGGUCGACUUUCGGACCUGGGCAAGAUUAUGAAGGAUACAGACUUCAUCAGGUCUGACCAGCCACUGAUGCCCAACCCUGUGGUGUUGGGAGACCACUCGUCCGAUGGAAAUUUUCCUGUGGUCAAGUCUGCCUCCAUCAGUCAUAUCCCAAUGCCAGACGAUGAAAGUGUGGAUGGCAGAGAGGAUUACGACGACGAAGAUGACGACGCGUUUCACCCCAAGGAGACGUUUGAUGACACAGCUAGCCAGGUCAGCCUGGACUAUAGGUUCAGCGUUGGCGAGCUACCUAACUGGGCAAAGUCAAAGAAAACUGGAGAGGCAGAUGGAGCAGACAGCAGUAUGGAAAUGAGCCAGCCCAAAGGUCGCUGGGCGCAGCGAGUGGACCGCAACGUGGAGUUCAAGUCUCAGCUGGAUCUCACCUCGGAAGAUGACACCUUCAGUGAUCGCCGACGGACAUUGGGCCCGGAGAGCGUGGCCAGCCAGAGGGCGGAGCUACGGCGAGAGACUCGCGUGCUGAGCAGACCUUCAGGCGACAAGCAUACUAUCCGAGAUGCUUCACCCAGAAGCCGAGGAACCUUCAGCCAGUACAGCUCGGACACGACCUUGAACUUAAGUGGCCCAAGCAGUCGCUGGGCGGAUCGUUUUGUCGACUUCAAAAGCAACAGCCUCGAAUUUGAUGACACCGAUGAACUGGACACAGGCUCUGACACCACUGAGGUCAUCUACCCACCUACUGAUGGCGACUCGGACCUGUUUGCUAGUUCCUACAAAGUGUUUGCUGUCGACGAUGUGAAGAAACAGAAGUCCCGGACAAGUGUGGGGAAUGUUGCCAAUUUGGAUGAUGCUUCUGAAAGCACUGACCCCAUUUCCCUGGAGGAUGAGGAGGACCCUAAUGAUGACACCCUGGCUGUGUCGAACCCCACCACACCCUCUGACCCCGACAAGGACUUCCUGUCUCGCACCCCAGAGGAUAAGGCGGAUUUUGUGAGAGAGAACUUUGAAGAGGACAGCUUCACACCAGUCCCCCUUGAAAAGUUUACCAAAAACAUUGAAAACUUGGAGCGGCAAAUCCUGGAAGGAACGCCGAAAGCUGCUUCAGAGUCCACCCCUUUCAGUCCAAGGUUGAGUCUCUCGGCUCGCUUCAUGUCUCGCUCUCAGCAGGCUGGAUUCAAGAACUUUUCCUCACUGGCGCCGACCUCCCAUAGACCGGACAAUUGGUUUUCUCGCAACAAAAUGGAAAUGACUCGAGCAAUGGAUGAGACACGAAAGAGUCUCCUUGCUGCAAGGCGCUCAAUAGAAUCGUCUGUAAAAAUGAACUUGCGCAGUGAUUCCAACGAGUCUGACUCACCGGACAGAGAAGAUCCACCAUCUCCCCCGACACGUUUGGAGCAAGAGGAAUCCAAGUUUGCUUCCAGCAGUUCCUUUGCAUCAUCUCCUCCAACUGUUUUUGUAUCCCCACCAUGGGGCUAUUGUUCGAAAAACCUGCGACGACUGUGGUCAACCUUCAGCCUGUCGCAAGAAUCUAUCAAGGAAGAAAUCCCCGGCCUCUACUCCUCACGGGCUGUCAGACGUCCAUGCUGCCAGCCCAACCCACGGCUGCUGAAACCUCCCAACCAGCCCCGCCCCCCUCACCAGCUGUAUCAGAGCCGUAUUCCUACGCCAUGCUCCUCCCCACGUCCGUCACGAGUACGUAAGGGAGGAGUCAGUUCUCCCAGCCACCUGUCCACCAAUGUGACACCGUCGGGAGGGUCAAACAGUCCCGCCUCUCGUCGACAAAGCCGGGCGGAGGCACCGGCCCACACGUCUCGUAGCAGAAGUCAGGGGAGCUCUUCCAGUCGGAAUAGCAGCUGCAAGGGGAGCCCACUCUCGCGGCCGUGCCGAAGGGGACAGGGUGCAGAACUGCAAGCUCGCUUGAAAGACAGUCAGAAAGAUCCUUUGUCCAAGUCGCAGUCGCCCCUGUCUUCUAGUUCAGUUGGUGCCAGCAACCAUGUGACCCCACCUAUCAUCUCCAGCGUCACGGCUCGGAGGAUCAGCCAGGAACGAGAACGACGCCGGAGUAGUAGUUCCCGGACACCGGAACAGUCGAAUGAGAUUAGGGCUAACGCAGAGAGUGCCGGGAACACGAGCAGUGACUCGGGAACUCCCACCAAGUCUACGAUGCGUACUCGGCCAACGUAUUUCAAAACCACACAGAGUUCUCGAAAUAAGGUGAGCAAGUCAGGAGAUGGAAUUUUGUCUUCUUCCAUGCCUGCUGAUGCGAGCAGUAAGGCGAAGGAUUUGGCUGCCAAGAAGACAAGGAGAAGUGGGAGGUUGCCGGGGUCCAAAUUAGCCAUGUAUGCCUCGACUCCGAAUUUGAUAUCCGGUAUGGAAGAUGAUGAUGCAGAGGAUGAGGACGAGGACAAACCCCAAAUGGCGGUCAAGUUGGUUUCCACGUCCAACCUUAAACUAUUGUCGGACUUGUCUCGAAGCGUUCCUGAUGUUAACGAGGUGGACUCUAGUACAGACAGCAGCUCCUGUGGCUCUGGCCCAUCUCGGCCCACCUCGCGGAGAUCAGGGAGUUUUGUGCAGUCCAAGAUGAGAUUUUCUACGGCUCCGACUGAUAAACAGCUCAUGCCACCUCCCACUGGUGCUGUACGUCCGAUCAUUCAGGGCAGGAAGAAUUCCUCUUCUGAUGGCAAGUCACGAAGAAAAUCUUCAACGUCAGAGAUGACUUUAGACCAGGCCAAGAGCAUUCUGCUAGGGAAGUCGGGCAUUCUUGGCGCUGGUGGUAGUAAAGCUGAAAAUGUCAUUGCUCCUUCUCAUCCAUCUUUGACAGUUGGCAUUGCUUCUCUCCAGGCGUCUGGUCGGGUGGCAUCACAGCGGGACUCGCGGGAGUCCUCGUCUUCUUUGUCCUCCGUGUCCACCUUGACUUCUGGCCAGUCUCCGCCAGUGUUUGACGCUGCCAGUAACGGGAUCCCGACACCCGCCCAGCUAGCUGUGGCCGAAGAAAUCGAGCACACCGCCAACAUGUUGAGGCAUCAGAAACAAGCCAACCUGAGCAGCAGCUCCUUCUCCCCGGACCGCCUCCUCUCACACCCACCGACAGACCUGGAAGCCAGCCCUCUGGAUCUCCCCGAGAGAGACCAGCCCUCGCCAAACCAAAAACGCUCGUCACCAAAACCACCUCAAGUGUCAUCGUCACUGCAACAGCCUCAACCACCAUCAUCAUCGUCGUCGCCCGGUCACCCUGCCAUGUCCUCUGCUUCGCCUGCAUUCCACUCACUAGGUUCAAGAACAUCUACAGCCAACACUACAUUCUUUAUGGGACAACCAGGGGAAAAUGAGGGAGACGUUUUCGAAAAGGAAGAGGAAGAGGAAAACCCACGGUCGAUCCGCGAACGAAUCGCUAUGUAUCAAAAGGAAGCUGCGAAAGAUGUGUCUGGGUCGCCAGGGCUUCAAAUUGGUGGGUCGUCAUCUGUGAAUCGUCGCGUGCUGCCUGCAUCUCCUGGCGUGUUGUCCUCGCCACAGAACACAAGCCAGUCCGACACGGGCCUCGGGUCAGAGUCGUCGGACACAGAUACUCCCGCAGCGCAGAUCAACACGGCCACGUACUCCAUCACAGUGAAACCUGGCGUGCACGAGUCGAGCCCCUCCCAGCCAGGUGACCGCUCCCGUUUGGCUCUGUCCCUGCAGUCCACUCACUCAUCUGGUCAAGUUUCAUCCACAAACACUUCCAUCAGCCAAUGUCAAACAUUCUUGGCGGAUUUCAGAUCUCAGUUACAGAAACUCAAGGAUCUCUUCUCCCAGGUGGAGGAUAAAUCAGAUGAGACCUCACAGGAGAUCCUUGGCAUGCUUGGCUCUGCGGUUCAGGAGGCCAACUCAGUCAUCAUGGAGAUUGUGGCAAAGUCCCCCGGCUCACCACUAACGAAUGGGGACUCUCAACAGAACACCCUGUGUGAAUCCUCCCUGUCAACCUCAUCAUCAUCCAAAGCAUCGCUGUCAUCAUCGUCACCCCCUUCUCAGGGUUUGUACAAGGACACAUUCCAACCAUCGGAAACCGACACAGUUUCAGCCAAUCAUGGGGAUGAGCCCAGAAAAAGUCAGGUUAGCUCUCUGUCUGCUGGCGAGCAUACUGUUCUGCUUUCUUCAGCAAAGGAGAUGCUUCAGCCUCUGGUAGAUCAACUGUCUCGCGACUUAAGCCAAGAAAUUGUCCAUUUGAUCAGGGAGAAGCUGGAUAAGAUGAAUGUGUAAGUUUGCUUCGUGGCUCUGAAAGAUCAAAUUUGUUAAAUAUCUUGGCAGUGUUAGAGAAAGCCACCUUGCUGUUGUGAAAAUUUUGUAUGGUAUGUGCAAAUGGUUGUGUUAAUAGCUUUUAAUAUUUGUGAAGAAUGCAUAGUUUGUUGUGAGGCUGCUACUUCUACAUUGAAAAAAACAUCCUAUUUUUGGGAACUGUUAGGCUCUCUGGAGAAAAACCUCAAAUAGUUGUUCUCAGGGCCUGUUCCACUGUCAGUGUCCUAAAGAUUUGUGUUUUAUAUCUUCUGACCACCUACACUAUUUUGAGCAUUGUACAUAAGAAGUUUUGGUAAGCUUUAAAGAUGGAAACCAUAUUCUAAAGUGGGUGGAAUUUUCAAAUAUUUUGAGAUACUUCAGAAAAGAGAGGGCAGUGUCUGUGUAGUAUAUUUUAAUGCAGUGCUUCUCACUGUGUUUAGUUUACUCUCCUUUCCAAAAUUCAUGCAACGCAAUAGUUAAGAUUAUUGCUUGGGUCCAACACUGCUCAGAAACUGAGAGUUGCGACGAUGAAAAAGGUGAAAAGAUUCCUGUUUCCUUAUUUUGUUAGACUUAUACCUACCUUUUAAAAUACUCUUCACAUUUUAGCAUUUCCUAAAAUAAAAUAGUACUGCCAAUAUUCACUUAUUACUAAUUUUGACAAUUCAUGAAAUGUACAAAGUCGUUAAUAUCAUGUACUGGUUUUCAUAUCAUUGGUUCUUAAUUUAUGGCUUACUCUGGUUUUGUAAAUUUAUUCGAGAUGUUUAACUGCUUACUGGUGCAUUUGCUUUUUGGUAGCAAAUGUGCUGGAUUUAUAUCAGGGUGUAUCAAAGUACUAAUUUCUGGUGGAAUGGAGAAUCAUAUACUUUUUUCUCACCGAUCGUUUGCUGCCUCUAACUCUGACAGUAAUAACUGCUUGUCAAAUGAAGUGGGCCCUAGUAUAUACACCACUGGGGAUAAGUUUUCAAAAUGUUUCACCGGUUGGACUAGGGGGCAAGUGGCUGAUGCAACAGGAGAAAAACUGAGAAAAGGGCUCAAAAUGAGACAGGCCUACAUUUUGUUUUGAAGACUUGUUGUGGCGCUGUUUAACUCUUUUAGAACGUAGCGGACACGUAGGUCUGAUCAGCAGCGGACCAAAGGCAGUAUUGCAGGAUAUUUUGAACCGUCAUGCAUAGACUAGUAACACUAACUGGCUUAUUUCAAAGAUGCCAUUUGGUUGCCUGCCUUUUUGAGUUUCAGAAAAAGUGCCGCAAUACAACAAGUCUUCGAACUGUGUCGAGUGACCUAAAUGAGCAAACUCAAUGACUUAACCUUUCAACUUAUGACCCCCCGUGAAUGCUGUGGGCCCACUGUAUAUCUGAUGUGUUCGAUGCUGUGUUGUGGCCUUGACGCUCUCCUGACCACUCAAGCAGGGAGCAUUCACUGGCUCCAUAGCUCUUCUUUGUAAAGUUUUUUUUUUUUUUUUUACUGACAAAACAAAUGUUUGUGUUAUGAAAGCAAAUCAAAUGUGCAAUAUCAAAUGCGUAGAUCCUUUGCAGAAAUGUUGCCAAUGCAAAAUAGGAUGAAACGUUGAUGGUUGCUUGCGCUUGUGAAGUGAACUUGUUUUUGUUUUUCCCUCUUUUCCUGUUGAAAUUUUGCACCUCAUAAUAUUUUGUCAAAAAACUUGAAUUUUAUCAAUCAUGCAAUGCCAUUUUGUGCCUUUAGUAUUGCUUGCCAUCAUCAUACUCCACGGUUAGAGUUAUAGUGAGAGAAAUGUGUAGAUACUUUAGAAGGUGUUUUUUUUACAAUGGAUGGAUUUAGUGUUGCAUACCAAAUGCUGCGUAUUAUUAAUACCUUGUGUCAUUUGAGGAACUGUCAAUCAGUAUGUUGCAAAGGAGGUAUUAGAAUGGUGGAGCAGUCAGGGCAAAAAGCAGGUGGUUGAUGCGUAUGCUUUCAAUGUUAAUCCUUCACCAGUCACUGUGUUUUUUCUGUUGUAUUAUCCACAUUAUGAAACUUGUGAUCUCUUGUCUUACCAGGGGGAAGGGGGGGGGGGGAACUUGCAUUUCACUUACUCUGGUGAGCGUUUUCGCCGACACUCCAAUAUCAGUAGUGACAUGAAGGGUAUAACAUGUGAUAAGCUGAACAUUGGAGAAAGUCACACUCACAUUUUCGAAUUUUUAUGGAGAUGAAGUGUAAACUUUAGUUGGGGAUUAAAAAAAUUUCAUAUCAGUUGUAGAACCAUGACGUGGCUGUUGAGCGUGGCUGCAGUUUUGAAGCUUCGAAAGAAAUUAAUUAUUACUCUAUGGAUCUUUAUGUCAGGGUUCUUCUGAAAUCAUCCUUAAUUUGUUUUCUUUGCUCUCCCUCUAGAGCCUGAGAUAAAGAACUGUAAGUUCUUCAGUCCUCUGUUCAGCUGAUUGUUAUGCACUGUUUGUUUUUCUUAUACUUAAAGAACAAUUUGGUUCCCUCUUGACAGCCUUAUACUGAUUUGGAACUAAUAUUUUGGUUGAUCUCACCAAAAUGUUGUUAAAAUUAGUUUUGCUUUUUGUCCAGGAAGGCCUACUCUUCUUUGAAUUUUAAACAUCCCGCGGUGUCUUGAUGAGCUUCACUCACACGAGACCCCAGAUUUUUCGUCCACAUCGUUGAAGACUAGGUGCUUAAUAUUGUAAGCCCUGGGUCCUAGAGCAGACGGAAACUUGGAAAGGAUUUUGAAAUAUAGAUUACAAUAGUAUUAUGUCAGCAAGUGCUUGUGACAACAUACAUAUUUUUGUCAUUUUAUAUGAGCAUCUUUUUUUCCUUCACCAUCUCACUUCCAUACUGUAAUGUUUUUGCCCCCACGGUGUUUCCUAGUGCUACGGUGUUGAAUAUGGAGACCAGUAAGACUUAAUGUACUUGUUGGCUUGUCUCACAUAUACUGAAAGCCUGUGCCUCUUGCUGCUGUUUUUCCUACCCUGUUUGGGACUUAUUGCUUGACAUUUCCUCUGUUGUUCAAGAGAAAGUGAUAGAUGCCACUGUGUGGAAUGGUUACUGCAAUUUAACAAUGACAGCAUGUGGAGUGUAUUUUCAUGCUUCUAUUCGUGAACUUGCGACUCAAUAUUUCACGCGUAUGAAAUUAUUCUUGGAUAUCGCCCAUACUGGCUUCUGAAGCUUGACUCAAUGGUUGUGUGAAUUAUUUUUUUUUACCGUGGCUGUGCUCUACUUUGCUGCCAGCAUUUAGAGAAUUGAAAUAUUUGGUCAUUUGGUAACUGGACGAUUGUUACCCUCAUCUGUUACUUAUCAUCCAUCUGUGAUCUCACAAACUUAUGCACAUGCUCCGACCUGUUUAACAUUAUAUUGCGAUCUUUGUACGACAGCAACGACAACUUUGAAGGAAUAAGUCCUUGUUUUGAAAAAAAAAAAAAAUCAAAUGUCUUUCCUACCGCAACUGAAUGAAAAUGAGUGGUACUCUUGAUUGUCUUUUUAUAUUCUUUGGGUGCACUGCUGUUGUUGAACAGCGAAUAAAUUGGGAGUUCCACUAUAAGCUUUCAUGUCCAAUAUAUAUGGUAACAACUUUGUGAAGUGUUGUCACCAUUUAUGACCUCGUUUGUUAUAGAGAACAUUUUAAGUUUCUUGUUGUUGUGUAUGUAUGCAACCAGCCAAAACAAGUCUGGAACUUUGUAUGUCUACUGUCAGAAGGUAGUACUUUUUGUGCUCUCAUCAGUUACGAAAGAUAUAGUGUUAUUUGGUUAUAGUUGUCAAGUAAUCGUGAUUGAUUGAAAUACUGCAGUAGAAAUCACUUUAAAAUGAGAUUCAACCGACAGUGAAAGAAACAUACCUAUUUGUGAGUAAAUCUGACCAUUUGUUUAGAAUUUUUAGUAAGAAAAAGUUAUGUCCUAUGAAAUAUAUAUUUUGCUUUCUUUAGAAGAUAUGAUCUUUUAACGUAGUGCGACCUACACUACGUGUCAUUUUUCACCAUAUUUUUGUGGUAUUCAUGAGUUCUUUGGUAAUAACAUUUUCACCAUCAUAUUUGGCGUAAUAGUCAGGUGCUUCACCAUCACAUGCAGAAGACGUAAGUUUCUUUGCUGUGUAGGGAGGUUUGUUUUAUUGGGUAUCUUUUGUCUGUCUGCUGGAACGCUGUGUUCCUCUCAGCCUGGGCUGGCUAUUACAGGCAGGGUCAAAGCAGCCUACUUUCUAAAUGGGCUAGAUCAUGUCGAUGGGGACAUAAAACAUCUGCAAUAUUUUUCUUUACCAUAUGGUCUCUAAUUUCCAGUUCAAGGGAAAACAAGAAUGUACCUUGAGAUUUUCCAUCAAUUUGAAUUGAAUUGCAUCAUGUUGUGCAGCAGGCUAAACAACUAAAGAGACUGAGGAGAAUACAAAGUUGUUCACAAUUUCAAUUGUCUUAGUCAUCAAGAGCACAUUUCCUUGCUUGUUCAAGAAAUAUGAAAAGAUUUAUUUUGCAGCCCUAACGGACGCAGUAGAUUAGAUUUUUACUGUAUGAUAAACAUUCACUAACCUUCGUGACAUUGAUGUUGUUGCUUGGACUUGGCAUUAGAAUAACAUUGAACAAGCAGAGUGUUGCUCAUGAAUGCUGUCUCUGUAAUUGUGUGAAUUGUGUGGGGGGGAAAUGUAUUUUUGAUCUCAGGCUACACUUUUUCUGCCAGAAGCACUAUCUCAUCUGACAAUGUUGCAAAAAUGGGUCUCGAGAUUUUAUAUGAAUAAUAAUUCACUGUUUAGGUAACUCCAUCCUAGUGCUUCCUUUCAGUCACUGCAUUUUUUUUUUCUUUCUGAUACAUGUACUUGAGUGAACCCUUGCAUUUACUGUCAUGUGAAGAUUUUAUUUUUUUCAUGAUCUUAUAGCCACAGGAGAAGUGUGGGAGUACUAGUAGUUACAUUAUUUGGGCAGGCUUUAAGGGAAUUCUGUGUAGUAGAAAAGUUUGAAUAUAAUAGUUACUCAGAGGGGUGUUAAGAAUGUAAUUGCACUUCCACCUCAAAUGAAUAUGGAAUGCAAAAAAUCGAAAUAAUUUCUGUGAAAAAUAAGAUCAAAAUCAAAUGGGAAAAGAAAUACAGUGUGCAAAGGGCUCGGAAAAAAUACAUUGUAACUAGAAAGAGGUUUUUAAAUCUUAAUACAAAUUUAUCGUGGAGAGAUGAGAUUUAAAACAAUUUACAGUAAGAGCUUGACGAAUCUGAUUGAAGAUGAGUGAAUUAUGAAAGUCAAAACAAAGUUUUGCCACAGUGCCAUGAGAGGUGUAAGAGAUUUGCUCGUAUAGGCAAAGAAAAAAAAGAUGUUUUGUUUCUUUUGAAAAAUAUGAAAGGAGAGUAUUAGUGUAAUAGAAAGAAAUAUUGACGUUGAAAGAGAAGAGCUGAGAUGAAAAGGAUGAGCUGAAUUAAAGUACAGAAAAUAUUAGAUGGUAUACAAAAUGUGGGAGUAGAGUAUUAUGUUUGAGUAUGUCAAUUUUCGUGGAUGAUAGGCUCUCUCGAAAUGAGUGUUAAUGAUGCAAGAAUGUGUGUGCUGAGGUGGUAAAAUGAUGUGUCCAAAGAGACCAGACAGAGAUAACACACAUGAUUGUUUCACCAUUUUUAGUUUGGAGCUUUUUCUUUGUCUGCCUUUUCAUGAGUUAGUCCUGUGUGCUUUCCAUCCUGUUUCAUCACAUUUUCUCACCAUUUGCCUUGAUAAUGAAAGCAUUCCGGUGACCACAUCCAGAGUUGAAAAAUCAUGAAGCAUGUGGGUAAUUUUUAUUUCACUUCACAAUUUCAUGUAGCUUAACAGCUCUUUUUAAAAUGAAAAUGCCAAUUCCACAGAAGCUCUCACACCAUGCACCACAUAUGACUGAAAGCACAAGAAUUAUCGUUAUCAAAAAAACUUUUAUGUAUUAACAGGUGGGGAAAUGAUUUGAUUCUUUCUUCUCCUCGCUGCUGACAAACGUUCCCAUCUACAUGUUGAUUCUUAUUCCCCAUCCUUCCCAUCAAAAAACCCAAAAGCAAACUGAAGUUAAAGUAGUCCACAUUUUAAUGUUCUCCAAGAAAAAUGAGCUUUAUGGCGACUGCUCUGUUUGAGCAGUAGUUUCAAAUGUUAUGAGCUCACACAUAUGAAACUCUAAAAUGUGAUUGCAAGAUGGGCACAACAUACCUGUCCUGACCUGAUUAUAGGCAUCCAGUUACAUCCAAGUAGCAUUGAUAACGAUAAAAAGAAACUUUACUUUACUUAGGAAAUAUGAAUAAACUGCUAAUUUUCCUUUAAUCAGAAGAGUAAAGGGAGCAAGACAUCGCUGAACGUGGGUACAAGAAAGGGACCAAACUGUCAACGCAGUCAAUGCAAUCACUACAUGAGAUGUCAUAGUGACAAUUUUUUCCCCCAGUUUCUCUCAUCUAUCAAGGUCCUCUAAUAAAAGAGGGUAAAUUUGUGUCUACUUAUAAUCUAUUCGAAGAAGGACAGCUGCCAGGAACAACCUGGUGCUAAGAUUUUGGACGAGGAAAAUUACAUAUUGGAUUGACCCUUGAAAGCAAAUUUGUCUAAAGUGACAAAAUUUAGGAAAUAAAACAAUAUAAUGUACAUUACAUACUGCACUGAAUUAUACCCUUUUAAUGAUGGAUCUCUCAUUUUUUUAAAAGCAAGGAGGAGAAUUAGAAAGAGUAACAGAGCCCAAGAAGCCCUAGUUUUUAACUGUGGCUUUUCUAAAACAACGCUAAUGGCACUUUAGAUAAUUUUGUUUCAUGGGUUGACAUGUUCUCUCGUCUGACUGUAAACAUCUGGGUUUCUAAAUUGCUUCAGAAGGCAAUGUCUUUGACUUUGAUAUCACAUAUUUUAACAUUCUCCUUCCAAUAUUGUAUGAUUCUCUUUAAAUGUACUAGCACAAGUUAUGCCACUCUAUCCCCAUUACAUUUUUUAUGCGUGAUGCCUGAAUUGUCAUUGAUCGGCGUGGCAAAUUUGGUAUAGGCCUCUAUAUAUAAGCUUACUGGGCACGAGCUUGUAAAUGUUGAAUUAUAUAACUUUUGCAAAUAAAGUAUUUUUGACAAACUUA